AGAGGGAGGGCGGCCGUCGUUUCCUUUCACUGAGGGGGUGUGUUGUGUGUUUGUGGGGCAACCAGCUCUGUGUGUAUGUGAGCGCAUGAAAGCAAGCAAGCUGGCGGACUUUAACAUGGCAUCCGGGGAGACGCUGUAUAUAGAGACGGACGGCUCGGAGAUGCCGACUGAGAUCGUGGAGCUGCAUGAGAUCGAGGUGGAGAGCAUAGAGACCACAGUGGUCGGGACUGAUGAGGACGAGGAUGAUGAGGAGGACGAGGACGAGGACGAGGACGAGGAUGAUGAUGAUGAUGAUGAUGAUGAUGAACAGCCCAUGAUUGCUUUACAGCCUUUAGAUACAGAUCAGGUCCACCACCACCACCACCAUCAGGAGGUGAUUCUGGUGCAGACCCGGGAGGAGGUGGUCGGAGGAGAUGAUCUGCGGGCGGAUGAUAGCUUUGAGGAUCAGAUUCUGAUCCCGGUCCAGGCACCGGGGGUGGAUGAGGACUAUAUCGGACAGACUCUGGUGACUGUAGCGGGGAAGAGCUCUGUAGGGCGGGUGAAGAGGAGCACAAGCAGCGGGAAGAAAGCGGCUAAAAAGAGCUACCUGAGCGGCUCUGAGGGUACAGGGAGGAAAUGGGAGCAGAAACAGGUUCAGAUCAAAACACUGGAGGGAGAAUUUUCAGUGACGAUGUGGGCAUCAGAUGACAAAAAGGACAUUGACCAUGAAACGGUGAUUGAGGAGCAGAUUAUUGGAGAGAACUCUCCUCCAGAUUAUUCUGAAUACAUGACUGGAAAGAAGCUUCCUCCUGGUGGCAUACCUGGCAUCGACCUCUCUGACCCUAAACAGCUGGCAGAGUUUGCCAGAAUGAAACCACGGAAGGUCAAGGAGGAUGAUGCACCUAGGACGAUAGCUUGUCCCCACAAAGGUUGCACUAAGAUGUUCAGGGAUAACUCUGCGAUGAGGAAGCACCUCCACACUCACGGGCCGAGAGUUCACGUGUGCGCUGAAUGUGGAAAAGCCUUUGUGGAGAGUUCAAAACUAAAGCGCCAUCAACUUGUUCACACUGGGGAAAAGCCUUUCCAGUGUACGUUUGAAGGCUGUGGAAAACGCUUCUCUCUGGACUUUAACCUCCGCACACAUGUGCGAAUUCACACCGGGGACCGCCCGUACGUCUGUCCAUUCGACGGCUGCAAUAAAAAGUUUGCUCAGUCUACCAACCUCAAGUCCCACAUCCUUACACAUGCAAAAGCCAAAAACAACCAGUGAGCUCCCGUGUUCUGUUUUUCUUUUUCCUGAACUCAACCUCAACGUGUCAGCAUCUUAACACCGGAGGCAUGAACUCCGCUCCUCUGUGGUUCUUCUAAAGAGUGGGGGGUAAAAGACCCCAAUGGACUUAAAGAGCUGAAUUAGGGUAUACUGUAAAAGUAAAUUAUUGGGAACCCCUGUAUCCUUAAAUAAGCCUGAUAAGUGUGUGGCCUUUACUGAGGAGCAGAGCCCAGCCGUGUCCGGCCCAGCUGACCAUCCACGUUGCGACGGCUUAAUGAAGCCUGUUAAAUGAUGGAACUUCUCGACACUCAUCUGUAGACACUGCUUUUUACCACAAUGGUGAGCAAAAAUAUUGGAUAUAUGCUCCAUUUCUUUUCAUAAGUACUAAAUUUCACCACAGACAAAGGUUUUAAUUUUGUAUUUUUCUUAGUGUGCAUAUUGUACACUUAUGUUUGAAUGUAUGAGGGUUUAAGGUUUUGCUAAGGAUGUGUUGUUCAUUAAAGGGUUGAUACUACUUACUGUAAGAUGAUACUUUAAAAGUAUUUUAUGUAAAAAUGUUAUAUUUUCUAUUUUAUUUGGUUUUGGUUGUAUUCUAACCAUUGAAAACGUGUGUAGAAGUGUACUGGAAGGCUGUUAAGAAAAUUGUGUAGAACAGAAUGGCAGUGUGAUUGCAAGUGUGUACUGCUUUAAAGCAUUAGUUUGCUUUUGUCAUUUGUCACAUAGUUUCACAUCCUGUAGCAUAGAUGCAUUAAUUCACCUUUAAAGCAAUCUGUUAAAACAUGUCUCCAAAUAAAUCAGAGUGUGAGCUCAUUUCCUUUGUUUAUGUAUUGUGAAGGCUUCAGCCUUGAAGUGUUCUUUGUUAAUAUUUACACCAUGUAUUUCAGUAUACAAUUAAAAACAAAAUCCCAUAA